GUUUUUAUUACAACUUGAUAUCAUCUUCUACAAAAUCUUUUCUAAGUGGAAAAAAUGACAUGGAUUUCAAUAUGCACGGGAAAAUCUGGAUUUGCUGCUUCUUCUACAGCUGAAGAUGUUACUAAAGGAGUUGAUGGAACCGGCCUCACUGCCAUUGUUACUGGAGCAACGAGUGGUAUCGGAUUAGAAACCACACGUGUGCUUGCCUUACGUGGGGUACAUGUCAUUAUGCCAGUCAGAAACCUUGAAUCUGGUAAAAAAGUGAAAGAAAGCAUUGUUGAGAAAAUCCCAAAUGCAAAACUUGAUGUGAUGGAAUUAGAUAUCAGCUCAAUGCAAUCUGUGCGACAGUUUGCAUCACAGUAUCGUUCAAAGGGGUAUCCUUUGAACAUCUUAAUUCUGAAUGCAGGGAUUAUGACUCCUCCCUUCUCUCUUAGCAAAGACAAGAUAGAAUUGCAAUUUGCAACCAACCAUGUUGGUAACUUCCUUUUGACAAACUUGUUGUUGGAUAUAAUAAAAAAAACUGUGAAAGAAAGUGGGAAAGAAGGAAGAAUCGUUAUUCUUUCAUCAGAGAUUCAUAGGAUGACAUACAAAGAAGGAAUCAGGUUUGAUAAGAUCAAUGAUGAGAAGAGCUAUUGCGCUUUCUCAGCUUAUGGGCAAUCAAAGCUUGCAAAUGCAUUGCAUGCGAAAGAGCUGACAAGGAGGUUUCAGGAAGAAGGUGUGAAAAUAACUGCAAAUGCUGUGCACCCUGGAGUUAUUGCCACCAACCUUGCACGCAGUGGUGGUUUCAAUGCUGUAUUCUAUGGUAUAUUCAACCGUUUCUUGAAGAACAUCCCACAGGGGGCUGCAACUACAUGCUAUGUGGCGCUGCAUCCACAAGUAAAGGGCGUUAGUGGCCAGUAUUUUGCGGACAGCAACUUGUCUAAAGCAAGCAACUUUGCUCAAGACCCUGAACUCGCCAACAAACUCUGGGAUUUCAGUUUGAGGUUGACGAAUUCUAAGUAAUAUGGUGGUCAACUUCUUGGACCAAUGUAAAUUUUAUGUAACAAAUAAUGUUGAACGUUUUUAUAUAUAAUGGUAUUUGUGGUAACAAGAGUUUUAGAUGUUUUAUGUAAUCGUUUUUAGUUUAUAUGAUGAAUGAAACUCGUUUCUAUAUUUUA